AUCUCUAGCUGUCAGCUGUCAUAUUAUGAAAAUAAAUACAUUUAUUUUUUAAAUAAUUUAGUCAUAAAACUUUGUGAUUCGAUAACAUCUAAAUGCAUUCAAGCAUUUAAUUUAGAUUAUUAUGACAUUUAUUUAUAAAACAUAAUUAAAAAAUGAAUACUUCGGAGCAGCCGCUACCACUAAAGUUGUCAUCUUUGAGUCUCAUAUCUCAAUGCAAGUUGGAGUCUAUUCUAUCACAAUGUGGCGACAAAAAAGAUCUUAUCAUAGAUCCAUCCCUAAUAAAACCGCUGGAGAGGAUAUGUGGAGUUAGUUGGUUAAGACAAAAAGGGAUUGAUAAAAUAUAUAAAAUGGAUCCUCAACUAAGAACAACCACCAACACAAACCGUGUGUAUUUCAUACCAGCUUGUAUACAGAAGUACAAGUGUGUUUUGGACCAAAUUUCAUCAUUGAUCAGCCAGAAUUCAUCUCUCUCCGAUCUCAAAUGCUUCCAUAUAAUUAUUGUUCCAAAGGUCCUGGGUAUAUACAACACUUUACUGGAAAACCGAGGGUUGUAUGGCAUUGUUCAACUACACACAUUUGCAUGGGAAUUGAUGGCUUUGGAUGACCAGCUUUUAUCUUUAGAAUUACCGUUUCUGUUCAAACAACUGUAUGCAGAACAAAACUCGUCUUUGUUAUCAAGUAUUUCAAUGUCUUUGUGGAGUUUAUUUCAUGUCACAGGAAAGCCUAAAGCCAUCUUCUCAUUGGGAAAAUUAUCAGCCAGUGUUUUAGAUAUGCUAGAAAUCUAUAAUGAAACUUAUUCUAGAGAUUUCAUGCUUACAAAUACAUCCUCAGAUAUUGGGGCCUUAAUUCUCAUUGACCGAAAUCAAGAUUAUGCAUCAAGUCUGCUGACACCGGCCACAUACAGUGGCUUGUUGAGCGAAAUCUUCAGUAUUAGUUCUGGACAACUAGAUCUUAAUGUUAAUGACACAAAAAUAAAGAAAGGGAAACUAAAUUUUGGUGAUGAUGAAAGUGCUGCGAGCAAGAGCACUGUUAUGACUCUGCACAGCUCAAUAGACAGCCUAUAUGGAGAGAUAAAACACAGACAUUUCUCUGAAGUGUUAAGUGUGUUGAGCUCAAAAGCUAAAUUGCUUAAAAAUGAGGAUAUAAAAGCACUUGGGAUACAGGAAAUAAAGCAUUUUGUGGCAACAAAGUUACAGCAAGUGGCAUUGUUUAAGCAAAAUCUAGUCAAUCAUGUUCUGGCGUGUGAGACAAUAAUCUCUGAAAUGAGCAAUAAAUUUGAGAAUCUCAAACUGACUGAAACUGAAAUGUUAAAUAAUAGGAACAAGAAAUCUAAUUUUACUUUUAUUGAUGAAAAUUUUGGUACAGAUAUUCAUAAAUACAACAGUUUACGUUUGAUGUGCCUGUUAAGUUUAACACAGGGGUUGACUUAUGAAGAAUAUAAUUCCUUAGUCCAUAAGUAUUUGCUCGCGUUUGGAUACAAAUACUUGUAUAUUUUCAAUAAUUUAAUAAAUGCAGGACUUUUGGUACAGCCUUCAUCGCCGAAAUUGGCUCUCAAUAUCUCUAAUUUGGGAAAUUUAAGUGACAGGUUACCAAAAUGGCAGAAUGAGUUUCAAACAACAGCUAAUAAGUUGAAGCAGUUGCCCUCGCACCCUGAGAAAGAAGGGAAGUCUUCACCAGGAUAUGUGUUCAAUGGUGGUUAUGUGCCUUUAAUUGCAGUUCUCUGUAAUGCUUUACUUACAUCGGACACCUUAGCCGAAGCUCUUACUAAACUAUCAGUCUUAACAGAGUUGAAAGUCGGUGGUCAAAUCAAUGAUAAACUGAAAGUCGGUAUAGAGACCCUAAACGAGAAAUUAUCACAAUUAAAACUGCAUAAUGACCUAGAAUUUGGCUGUAAAGACACAAAAAGUUUAUCAAAAAUGCUAAAGAGUGAUCCUAAUUUUGGGAAUGUGCUGCCUUUAAAGCCUAGAAACAUUUUGGUGUAUGUUAUUGGUGGAGUUAAUUAUGCUGAGAUAGCUGCUUGUGAUGUGGUACAAAUGAACACAAACAGCAAGAUUUAUAUAGCUAGCGACUGCAUUGCAAGUGGAAGUGAUUUAAUGUCUGCUAACACUUGAAAAUAACAGGUGAAGAGUCUGUAUGUAUAAGAAAGCUGUAGUUAUGACCCAAUUUUUUAUGAACAGUUUUUUAAAUAUUUUUCGAACCACAUAACAGAUCUGUCAUCCUCGGAGAUUGGAUGACACGCAAAAUAUAUAACAGUUUAAUCCUCGCAUUAAGGCUUUAGCCAGAGUAAGAGGUGUAAUUAUUAAUCUCUUGGGGCCUUACCUACAUCUUUGGUGGUUAACUCAUCAGUUUUUGUCUCUGAUACUCAAAUUUUUUCAUGUAAGAUAGAAGUUGAAAAAAAAGGUAUUUAAACUUAUCUAUACUUCUAUACUGUUAUAUAAAGCAGAAGAGUUUAUUUGUUUAUUUGUAUGUGCUGUGAUCAGGAACUAAUGGUUUGCAUUUAAAAGUUCUUUUAGUGUUGGAUAGCUUAUUUAUGGAGGUAGGCUAUAGGAUAUAUAAUAUCAUGCUAUAAGUAAUAGGAGGGGAACAUUUGUGAAAAAUGAAAAAACGAAAAUAAUGUAUUCCUUUUCAAAGCUUCUGUUCUUUGCGCUGCGUAGACGGUUAAAGUUAUGCUACAAUCGUGUUUGAUGAUAUUGUUCUUAAAAAGUUUAAAAAAUAUAUUAUAAAAAGUCAGCUAUACUAGAGGAUAUGAACAUUAUUAUGAAAAUUGUCUUAUGUAUAAAAACGUCUCGAUUUUUCUUGUAAUGUAAGUAAGGUAUUACAGUUUAUAAUAUAAGAGAUCUAUUCUUAAAUGUUGUUCUUAUGUUCAAUAUUGAGUUCAAAUGUCUUGUUUUGUGUUAUGUAUUGUUCAUAGUUAAAUACUUUAAAUUAUGGUAGAAGACAGAAAUGAAUGUUUUUCUUUACUCACAGGCUAUUUACGUUAAACAAAAAGACUUAUUAAUAAAUUUUCAUAUAUUUAUACCAAUGCAAA